CUGCAAAGGCCAAAAGACGAGAGAAGAGGAGAGAAGAGAGAUCGCGAGCGAACAGCGCGCAAAAGGCGAGCACAGCAAAGGCCACCCGCGUAUCAUUGCCAUCUAGCUACCGGCGGCCCUGCUACUGCUGCUGCUGCCUUCUACUGCUCUUACUACGCCACCACCUCCUCGCGUGCUACCCGGCGUGGCACGAGCGUGCCCAUCUCCCUUUCUGCCCCUACCCCGGCCGCUUUGCCUUUACCAGAGCACCCCCUGGCGUUGCGCGUUUGGCACUUGGUGUCGCGCUUUCGCUUAUUUAUCAGAGCGAGUUGGGGGCUUGGCCCUUUGGGGCUUCACUUGCUCGGUUGCCUAGCCUUCUUCAGACUUCGCACCUCUCCCAUCCGGCGCGUCGUGGUUUGUGGCACUCUCAGGAGACACAGCGACAAGACGAGGCAUUUUGAGUUUUGAGCAAUGGUGAAGUGUGUAUAAUCUGGGAACCGAGCAUUCGUCAGGAUCUUGGCAUCCAGAAAGCUGCGGUUUUUUAGCUUCAGUUCGGUGGAUUUCUGGAGAUGGCGUCCUCACAGGAGAAGGUCACGUCGGGUGUUCUGAGGAAUGCGGCGGCGCUGCUCGAUGAGAUGCAGCUCCUGGGAGAAACGCAGGGUGCAAAGAAGGUGAUCAACUCCGAGCUCUGGCACGCCUGUGCCGGACCGCUGGUGUGCUUGCCGCAGCGGGGGAGCCUCGUGUACUACUUCCCCCAGGGGCACAGCGAACAGGUUGCAGCUACCACUAGAAAGACACCAAAUUCUCGGAUUCCAAACUACCCGAGCCUCCCGUCUCAGCUGCUAUGUCAAGUUCACAACAUCACUUUGCAUGCGGACAAGGAAACUGAUGAGAUUUAUGCUCAGAUGACCCUUCAACCAGUACACUCCGAAACUGACGUCUUCCCAAUUCCAACUCUUGGUGCUUAUACCAAAAGCAAGCACCCCACUGAAUAUUUCUGCAAAAAUUUAACUGCAAGCGAUACAAGCACUCAUGGUGGUUUCUCAGUGCCACGAAGGGCUGCAGAGAAGUUGUUCCCACAACUCGAUUACUCAAUGCAACCUCCUAAUCAGGAGCUUAUUGUUCGAGAUUUGCAUGAUAACCUCUGGACAUUCCGGCACAUUUAUCGUGGGCAGCCAAAGAGACAUCUUCUAACAACUGGAUGGAGUCUUUUUGUUGGGGCAAAACGGCUUAAAGCUGGGGACUCUGUCCUAUUUAUCAGGGAUGAGAAGUCACAACUCCUUGUGGGUGUUAGGCGGGCCACCCGACAGCAACCGGCCUUGUCAUCAUCUGUCCUGUCUACUGAUAGUAUGCACAUAGGCGUUCUUGCUGCUGCAGCCCAUGCGGCGUCAAGUGGUGGCUCAUUUACUAUCUACUACAAUCCUAGGACAAGCCCGUCGCCAUUUGUAAUUCCUCUUGCAAGGUACAAUAAGGCCAACUAUAUGCAUCCAUCGGUUGGAAUGAGAUUUGCGAUGAUGUUUGAGACAGAGGAGUCGAGCAAGCGCAGAUGCACAGGUACUAUUGUGGGAAUCAGCGACUAUGAUCCGAUGCGUUGGCCAAACUCAAAAUGGCGCAACUUGCAGGUUGAAUGGGACGAACAUGGGUAUGGAGAAAGACCUGAAAGAGUCAGCAUAUGGGAUAUCGAAACUCCAGAAAACGCUCUAGCAUUCUCUUCUCCAUUGAAUUCUAAGCGGCAAUGCCUUCCCAGUUAUGGAGUUCAUGGGCUACAAAUUGGAUCUGCAAAUAUGUCAUCGAUUCCGAGGGUGCAAGCAAAUCCUUUUGGUAACUUGCAACACAUGCCAGCGAUCGGCUCAGAACUGGCUUUGAUGCUUCUCAAUCAAUCUGGCCAGAACCUCGGGAGUCCACUUACUUCUCACCAAUCCUCAUUUUCUAGUAUUAUUCAAAAUGCUAAGCACAGUUAUAUCCCUCCAUCGACAUUUGGUGCUUCCACUGGUUCAAUGAAGCAAGAAUGUAUGCCUUCAAAUGAAGCACAACAACAGUUGAAUGCUCCUAAGAUUCAGAAAGGUGAUCAAGUAAGCUGUGAAGCUCAGCCAGGAAUUGAUUCAAUUUCUGCGCAGGAAAUGAAUGUUAAAGCAAGAGGGCCAAGAAACACAGAUUCAUACCCAACUCAAAGUAUUUCGGAUCAAAGCAGCAAGGGUGAGCCUAGAAUCAAAACUCGAAGGAGCAAGAAGGGCUUGUCUCACAAAACCAUUUCAGAUAAAUCUAAGCUUUCUUCCGUCCCUUCUCAGAUUUGUGACGACCAGCUGCAUGGUUCAGAAGCAAAUUUGGUUGAUUGUGAAGCUGAACAAGCUAACUGUGGAAAUAAUGAAGAUUCAUCUGGUGCACUUACUCGAGGUGAUUUUGCUGGAGAGCUGCAAGUUCAGCAGGUUGAACAACAUGAACUACUGUCACCACCAAAGUUAGAAUCGUCAAAAUCUCCUGACGGAGGGAACUCAGUCAGCUCAUUUCCAAACCAAGGGUGUGUCUCACAGUUCUUUGAGGGUCUGGAUUGGAUGAUUCAGCCUUCCUAUUACCAAAACUCCAAUGGCAUUCAAUCAGUUAGUGUAUCAGACAAUAUUUUUAAUCCAUCUGCAGAUGUACCUUCCACAAUAAAUGUUGAUACUAUGGAGGCAUUUCAAACCUCUUGCCUUUCAGACUGCUUUCCUAAUUCCAUUCCAGAAUUUAUCAGCAGCCCGGAUCUAAAUUCACUAACAUUUAUGUCGCCAGAGAUGCAACAUUUGGAUGUCCAACAUGAUGGCAGCAAUUUGCCGAGCACAUCCAACUCAUAUGCACAAAUGAGUUUCUCAGAGGAGUGUGGAAAACAGAGUACAACCUUAAGUGGCCUGCACAUGGAAGCUAUUCAUAUAAGCAUGAACAACAACAGCUCGUGCUCUCAACCACUGACUACCGGGAGCUUUGAUGCAGGGAUGUUCUCGAAGUUGUCAAAUUCAAAAGAAUCCCAAGUCUUACCACUGCAAGAGAUUCAUAACAGUUCCAUGGGAACACCUUCUUGCAGUAUGGAUGCGGCUGAGUACAGCAUUGAUCGAAGUGUGAAGCCGAUGAAACCACCGGUGCGGACAUAUACAAAGGUUCAAAAGUUAGGAUCAGUUGGAAGAUCUAUUGAUGUGACACGGUUCAGAGAUUACCAUGAGUUGAGGUCAGCCAUUGCCUGCAUGUUUGGGCUCCAGGGGAAAUUGGAACAUCCCGGCAGUUCAGAUUGGAAGCUUGUUUAUGUCGACUACGAAAACGAUGUUCUUCUUGUUGGAGAUGAUCCAUGGGAGGAAUUUGUCAACUGUGUCAGAUGCAUCCGGAUUUUAUCACCUUCAGAAGUACAACAGAUGAGUGAGAAUGGCGUGCAUGUAUUGAAUGAUUGCAUCCAAAUAGCUUAGUAAGGACUGCUGCUUCUGCAGCAUUACACAAGCAACUCUGCAAUGCAAAAAAUGAGUGACUGAGUAGCCAUAGUUCUGUAAAUAAAAGAAAUGGGCAUUGGGUUCUCUGAA